AUGAGGGUCUUCGGAAGCUUGAAGAUGUCUUGUCUUCACAUUGUCGUUUUCCUGAUUUUGAUGACUGUCCUCUCACAAGCACAGGUCCAUGGCUCCCGUGACACGUACUACGUACACAGCACGUCUGAGGACACGUCUGGCCGCUGUACAUGUACGGUACUGGCGCCUUCACCUGACGUCUGCUCUGACGACGCCAAAUAUCACUACAUCAAAGACCUGGAGGCACAGGUAGCCAACCUAACUACCCUGGUGCACCAACUGGCUAAUAGGACCAGUAAUGCCCUUGACAUUCAGACGACCAUGACCUUGAUCGACAACCUGACGUCCCAGCUGGCCGUGCUGGAAGCUGACCGGCAACUCCUACUGACGGAGUACUUCUCCAACAUACGGGACGAGAUACAGGCUUUGGCCGGCCUGCUUCCUCAGCUGCAAGCUGACAGUGCCGAUGCAUUGCUGCUGCAGGUCUACCACACACAGCUGUCCAACCUGUCCGACGUGCUGUCCAACCUCCAGGAACAGCACGGUCUCAGCGUGAGCGAUCUUCAGCUGCAGAUCAUGCAGCUAACCGAACAGCUCAACAACUGUAACGUUUCCAAAGAAACAACAACAACAGAAGAACCAACCACUAUGAUGGCACCUACAACGGCCAAACAUACAACUCCACAGCCAACAUCAGUCGUUGGCUGGGAAAACGGGCAAAGCGUUCACAUAAACAGUAUCACCUACUCUGAUGGCGUUACUGGCUAUAUCAACAAUGGCUGGAAAGUAGAUGCCACAAUUGAUGAAAAAAUCAGUAACGCGUCCGCUCACCAAGGACAACAGUCUUGGUACUACAAGAGUGGUACAAACACUGUUGUUAACUUGCCCGGGCCUGGAGACAAAACACCCUUCUCUCCCGGACUCAGUGUUAAAGUCGGACGGUCUGACGGCACCUACACUGCCGAGGCGGACUCGUUCUACGUGUCCUUCUGGUUCAAGAUGGCGAAAGAUUACAGCACCAAAUUUGGAGACGGGACCAAGAUGUUGGUCGUAGCAGGAGACCCAAGUGGUACAGACGCCUCUUCUAACCACCUAGAGAUCAAUUUCCCCACCAGCUACCGUGCCAAGGUUUCUAUCCGAACCAAGGAAAGCCACCCUAGUUAUACUGAAUGCGCACAACCUGGCGCUAACUGUGGCGAUAAUUUCGGCAGUAUCUACAACACUAUUGCCAAUAACCUUGACCCCACCACCUGGCACCAUGUUGAGAUGACCCUUCUCUCUCGGCCCCAGGACUACAUGGACGAGUGGUUCUAUGUGAUCGACGGAGACUCUGCAAACCCCUCGCAAGGAGGCGCUUUUUACAAAACCCAGCAGUACGACGAAGGCCGAUACUCGUACGUCAACAGGCUGUCGUUUGUUGACAUCAGUACCACCAGUGACAGUACAAAGAAAGGAAUCUACUUUGACGACAUCAACUAUAAAGCCUACAACUCCGCCAAUCCUAGCGUGGUCCUAGACGAAUACAGCACCUCUUUUGAACCAGAUGAAAACUGAACGGAUAUCCGAAAACACAAAUUUAAACCUAGUACAUUUUGUGAUAACUGCAGUGGUGUAAUGUACAAUCUGCACCUGUGGU